GGCCUGGGGGGCCCAGCAGAGCCACCUGUUGCCCCCGAGCAGGGUGGAUGCUGGAACGUUCACGCUAAGAUAUAAAAGGUGCGUUGUAGAGCAAGUCUGCUAACCCCAAAUUCUUCCCACAGAAUAAGCUGCCCCCAGCCGUGCUUGGGCCACCCAGACCCUGACAGACGACCCUGUGGCUGUGGCCGUGAGACCCAGAGAUGCCCCAGCACCGGGCAGAGGACAGGUCCUUGGCUUCACUGCCACCGUGCAUCUUCCCCAGCUCACCUUCAGCCCUGGAAAACGGACUAGGCUGCUCCCCACCCAGCAAAAGGGCAUUCCUGGACCCACUGCCGGGCCAUGGACCCCCACGCCCCCCUGCCUGCCCCCCGCUGGACUCCUGCAGCCAGCCGCUCUGUGACGCCCGGGCCGGGAAGCAGGGCGCCCGGGGGGCCCCCGGUGUCCGGUACGUCCCCUCGGAGCCCGGGAGCCCGUGCGGCUGGUGGGCCUUCACCCCCGCGUGCCUGCAGGCCUUCAACACGCCCAGGGGGCUCCUGCUGGUGCUGUGCGUGGCCUCCUUCCUGCAGGGCAUGACGGUCAACGGCCUCGUCAACACGGUGAUCACCUCCGUGGAGCGGCGCUUCGACCUGCACAGCUACCAGAGUGGGCUCAUCGCCAGCUCCUACGACAUCGCCGCCUGCCUGUGUCUCACCUUUGUCAGCUACUUUGGGGGCAGCGGGCACAAGCCGCGCUGGCUGGGCUGCGGCGUGCUGCUCAUGGGCGUCGGCUCACUGGUGUUCGCUGUGCCCCACUUCGCCGCCGGCCACCACGAUGUGGCCGUCCCCCAGGACACGGGCACCUGCCGGGGCAACCGGAGCACCAUCUGCGCGGACAGCGCCUCGGGCCUGGCCAGCUACCAGCUGGUCUUCAUGCUGGGCCAGUUCCUGCACGGCUUCGGCGCCACCCCGCUCUACACGCUGGGCGUCACCUACCUGGACGAGAACGUCAAGUCCAGCUACGCGCCCGUCUACAUCGGCAUCUUCUACACGGCAGCCAUCCUGGGCCCCGCGGCCGGCUACCUGCUCGGGGGGGCCCUGCUGAACAUCUACACGGACGUGGGCCGCCGGGUGGAGCUGGCCACGGACAGCCCUCAGUGGGUGGGCGCCUGGUGGGUCGGCUUCCUGGGGGCCGGGGUGGCCGCCCUCCUCAUUGCCGUCCCCAUCCUCGGCUACCCCCGGCAGCUGCCAGGCUCCCAGCGCUACAUGGCCAUGAGGGCGUCCGAGACAUAUCGGUGGAAGGACAGGGAUCCCGCAGCGGCCACCGACCCGGACUUCGGGAAGACUGUCCGGGACCUGCCUCUCUCCAUCUGGCUCCUCCUGAAGAACCCCCCGUUCGUCCUGCUCUGCCUGGCCGGGGCCACGGAGGCCACACUCAUCGCCAGCAUGUCCACAUUCGGCCCCAAGUUCCUCGAGUCCCAGUUCAGCCUGAGUGCCUCGGAGGCUGCCACCUUGUUUGGGUACCUGGUGGUGCCGGCGGGCGGUGGCGGCACCCUCCUGGGGGGCUUCCUUGUGAACAAGCUGAGGCUCCGUGGCCAGGGCGUCCUCAAGUUCUGCCUGCUGUGCGCCCUGGCCAGCCUGCUGGCCAUCUUCGUCUUCGUCACGCACUGCCCCAAUGUGCCCAUGGCCGGCGUGACCACCCCCUACAAUGGCAGCCCCCUGCCCGAAGGCCGCCUGCAGCUGACGGCCACCUGCAACGCCGCCUGCCGCUGCCCGCCCGAGCUCUACAGCCCCGUGUGCGGCUCCGACGGCAUCACCUACCCCUCACCCUGCCACGCGGGCUGCCCUGCAGCGGCCACCACGGGCCCAGAUGGCCAGAAGGUGUACCGGGAAUGUAGCUGCGUCCCUCAGAAUUUGUCCUCUGCUCUGGGCCACGCCACCGCAGGGAAAUGCACUUCGACUUGUCACAGAAAGCCCCUCCUUCUGGUUUUCGUUUUCGUUGUAAUUAUCUUUACAUUCCUCAGCAGCAUCCCUGCGCUCACGGCGACCCUGCGGUGUGUGUGUGACCAGCAGAGAUCUUUUGCACUGGGGAUCCAGUGGAUCGUCGUGCGAACUCUAGGCAGCAUCCCGGGGCCCAUCGCCUUCGGCUGGGUCAUCGACAAGGCUUGUCUGCUCUGGCAGGACCAGUGUGGCCAGCCCGGCUCCUGCUUCGUCUACCAGAACGCGGCCAUGAGCCACUACAUGCUCGUUGCCGGGCUCGUGUAUAAGGUUCUGGGCCUGCUCUUCUUCGCGGUGGCCUGCGGCCUGUACAGGCCCCCGCCAGGGUCUCCCGACGGCCUGGAGGCAUCACUGCCCAGCCAGUCCUCGGCCUCCGACGGCCCCUCGGCCGUCCAGCUGCAGAGCGACGUCUGACCCCUGCCCUCGGGGACGCGGCCCCAUGCGGCCCAGCCGGCCGAGCCCGAGAGCGUUGCGUGCACGUCCGUCCCGAAUGAUUUCUUCCUGUGAGGGCUGAACCCUCCAGUCCACGGCGCUGGAGUCUGGGGUCUGUGGAGCGGCCCCGGGGGGUCCAAGCUGAUGGACGGGGCAUGGCCAAACCAGAAGGCCCUGAAGAGAAAUGAACGCAGGAAGAACGAGGCCGCCUGGAAGCUGCCGGCGCCCCUCCCACCCUCGUUGGUGCCGGCCUGACUGCGCUGCUCCCGCCCCGUCUUUUCACACCCCUUUUUCCUGGUGGAAGUAACCAGGUUGUGUUGAUGGGCCUCGGGGUCAGCCGGGCACGUCACCCGCCUGCUCUGUAGACAGAUGGCGCCACCUUUGGUUCAUUGCAUCACGGUUUUGAAGGCUGCUGUCUGUGGGCUCAGGGCUUCUCCCCCUCUUCUUGAAAGCCUCCAAUCUGUGCUCCCGGAUUCCCCAGGAGUGCUCACAGUUGGCAGAGAAGGCAGCUGCUCUCGGGGGGACAUGGGGAGCUGCCCGUGGCGGGGGUGUCUGCUGGACAGCACGUGGACUUGUGCACGGCCCUGGUUUCUUCCCGAAGGCUGUACCCCAAGUGCUCAGUGUCCUGGGGAGCCACCGUCCCCAGCCCGGGGGCUGCCUGCCCUCUGAGCGGGCCAUCGCCUCUGCCGCCCGCUCGCCUGGCUCUGACCGCCUGUUUCUCCUGUGAAGCGGGGAGCCAGCUCGCCCGGGGCAGCCGUGCAGCCUGUCGGGUGGGGCGGGAGCAACCUGCACAAACAUGUAUUUAUGAAUUGACAUUUUUGUAUAAAACCAUUUGUGAAACUGUU